AUGGUGCCCAUCGGGGUGCUGGGGCUGCUCCUGUGUGUGCAGCUCUGCGGGGGUGAGCGCCGGGGCAAAGGGCAGCCGUGGGGCAGGGACCCCCCCGAGUCCCGAGCCGGGCUCAGCACCCUCUUUGCCGCAGGCACCGGGGAUCUGCGGCUGGUGGACGGCGGCGGGCGCUGCGCCGGUCGGGUGGAGGUGAAGCACAAUGGCGAGUGGGGCUCCGUCUGCAUCUACGACUUCGACUGGGAAGCCGUUUGGGCCACCGUGGUGUGCCGGCAGCUGGGCUGUGGCCGGGUGGCCAAGGCGUCCGUCUACGCUCCGUUCGGGCAGGGCACCGGCCGGAUCUGGCUGCAGCCCUUCUUCUGUGGGGGUGGCGAGACGAUGUUGCAGGACUGUCCCCACUUCGGCUGGGGACAGCACUUCUGUGGCCACAAUUGGGACGUGGGGGUGACCUGCACAGACGCGGUGGAGCUGAGGCUGGCGGCCGGCGGGGGUCCCUGCGCCGGGAGGGUGGAGGUGAAGCUGCAGGGCCGCUGGGGCUCGGUGGCGGAUGACAACUGGGACAUGGAGGACGCCGAGGUGGUGUGCCAACAGCUGGGCUGCGGCUCAGCCACCGGCGCCUUCGCCGCCAGCAGCCGCUUCGGCAAAGCGGACGGCCCCAUCAGCCUGGCCGUGAUCGACUGCCAUGGGGACGAGGCCGCCCUCUGGAACUGCGAGGUCCGUGGCUGGGGACCCUACGUUGGCGUUCAUGACUUCGACACCGCCGUCGUCUGCCAAGGGUUUGCCCGGCUGGUCGGUGGUGACAGCUCCUGCGCUGGGCAGCUGGAGGUGCAGCGGGGCCGAGCCUGGACCAGCGUCUGCGAGGACAGCGUGGACAUCAAGGCCGCCCGGGUGGUCUGCCGGGAGCUGGGCUGCGGCGCGGUGCUGGCCGUCCCCGGCUCCGGACGGUUUGAGGCGGGAAAGGGGCCGCUCUGGGACGAGGGGUUUAAUUGCAUCGGCACCGAGCCCCUCCUCGCCACCUGUGCCCGUCGGCCAGCCCGCGGCCAGGGCUGCACCGGCCAUGCCAGCAUCAUCUGCUCCUCCUACACAGGUUUUCGGCUGGUGGGCAACAACUCGAGCUGUGCCGGGCGGGUGGAGGUGGAGGCGGGGGGGACAUGGGGGUCCCUCUGUGCCACCGGCUGGGACCUGCCCGACGCCCACGUCCUCUGCCACCACCUCGGCUGCGGUGCCGCCGCCGCCGUGCCCCCGGGAGGCUUCUUCGGCGGGGGGGACGGGCCGCUGCGGCGGGAUACCUUCGGCUGCGACGGGAGCGAGCGGCACCCAGGCGAGUGCCCCGUGGUGGUGCUGGGGGAGCCCGCCUGCCCCCCCGGCCACGCCGCCGCCGCCAACUGCUCAGGUCUGUAUGGCACCCGCCGGGAAAAGCCUUGA